AUGGCUGUAUCUCAUAAAAAGAACUCGCCCUGUGUUAUCAAUGCAAUUAGUAACUAUCGAGGAUGCUUAAAUCUACUAGUUAAGCAUGAUUAUGUGCAAGCCAUUGCAGAUUUUUCUCGAGCCAUACAUCUUCUUCCAAAUGAGCCUGCAUUCUACUGGCAUCGUGCAGAAGCAUAUGUCAAAGUAUCCGACUAUGAUGGCGCUCUCAUGAAUUUCCGACAGCACGAAUACCUUACCACUCCAGAAAAUACAAAUAAUUUGGAUAAGGAACCAUUACCACCAUCAAGUGGACCACAUCACAAACUUGUCUUUCCCCAAGAAGUGGCAGAUGGCCAAAACAGGAGUAUCUCGACUUACGUGCUAUCGCGUCGAAUGGGAUUUGUGGCAUUCAUAUUUGGCCAAUGUCUUUUCGAUCAACAACGAUUUCAUGAUUCCUUGGUGCAUUUCAAGCUUGCAAAGCGGCUAGAGUUUAAUAUUGAAACGGUAUUAUUACGAAUGGUCUUGUCAAAAAUUGGUCUUGGAGAAAUCAAUAGCGCAUUAGAAGAUUUGUACACACUUAUAAAUAUACAAAGACAUAGCGUUGACUUGUAUAUCUUGCGUGCAAAAAUCUACAAAUGCUUAAACAACCCUGAUAGCGUCAACAUUGAUUUGCAAAAGGCAAUCCGACUUUCUCCUCAACAUCCUGAAAUUCACGGUCUACAAGAAUACGUUUUAACUGUAGCAGUCGAUCUUAAAAAUAAAGCAUUUGAAAGUAUUCAAAAAAAACAGCUCAAUAAUGCUAUUUGGUACUUGAAUCGCGCAAUAGAAUUGGAUCCACAGGAUUGGACAGCCGUUUUCAAGAGAGGUGUUGCUCUUGCUGAAAUUCAAGACUACGACGGUGCAUUAGAGGACCUUCUUAGCAUACUCUCCAACAAUAUCAGAGAUACUUGCCGAGAUCAAGAAAUUAAAAAUCAUGUUGGGAGUAUUUACAACAAAAUUGGAAUCAUGGCUUAUCAAACUGGUACAUUUGAUAUAGCGAUUUCCAAAUUCACAGAAGCACUUUUAUACAAUUCUUUGGAGCCCGCUGUAUGGAAAAACAGAGCAGAUUCACUCAUGGCUAAAAAAGAAUAUGCAAGCGCGUUGCGAGAUCUGUAUCAAUGCCAUGCUAUUAGCCCAGAUAGCAAGGAGUAUUCCAAAAGUCUGGCAGUUGCAUUGACAGCUAUUGGGACCCAGUAUAUCAUGCAAGGAAGAUAUCAGGAUGCAAUCAAAGAGCUUGAACAAGCAAUUACAUUUGAUUAUACGUCUGGUGAUGGUUACUACGAAUAUGCACGAGCCAACUAUUUCCUUGGACAAAUACAAAUAGCUUGGGAGUCUUUAAAUAUGGCACUUCAAUUGGAUCCAAACCAUCAAGGUGCACAAGCACUCAAGUCUUUACUGGCCUCAGUUCCCAAUAUGGAUGAUCUUGGACCACUACCAAAACGACGCCCUUUACAAAAAUCUGAUGUUAUGAGCUUUUCGUUCGUCAACCAGCAAAACUCUACAAAUAAAUCACAACCCCACUCACAAACUAAUCAGACAAUACCACUCUCACUUUCUUCAGCAUCUAAACAUAGAAAAACACUUGCAUCAAGUAUAGAAUUUAAUGUAGAAGAUUCAACUGGAGAUUUAAAUUUACUUAUAGAUCAGGAUGAGACUAAUCAAGCUGACGUGUCAAGCAAUGAAGUUUUGUCAACCUUGCAGCCAACUACAAAUCCUAUCAAGCGUGUCACUGUAUUUCCAACAAGCUCGAUUCCUAUGCUUCCAGCACUACAAGGGGGACCAAACCCAGCCAUGAUUGCUCGAAAGGAAAAAUACAGUUUAUCAAAGCCUCUUUCACUGCGGCAAUCAGAUGUAGAGAAAACAUCCAGCACAAUCAACAAUGCAGCAUCCAAACCCAAACCCAAACCCAAAUCAGCUCAUCGAUUACACUCCCCUACAGUACAGUCGCGUUCAAUAAAAGAAAGGUUGCACCAUGGAGCUCUUUUGGGGGAGGAGAUGGGAAGCACAAUAGAUGCGUACUUGAAUGAGCAAAACGAUGCACACAAUUGA